AUGGCCUCCAAGUUAUCCCCUGAGUCUGGUGCUUGUGUAGAGUUAUUCCCUAUAUCAUCUAAGAUAUCCCAAGCCUCCUUGAGCCAUUUAUUUUGUCAUAUCUGUGGUUUCACCCCUAAGGAAUUGGAAGCUCUAGGGCUUGAUGAGAAAUUGCUUCCGGUUCUGAUUCUGUCUGCUCAGCUGAGGCUCCUCCACUGGAAGGCGUCAAAAUAUUUUCAUACCUGGUUCUGGAAUGAGGUCCAUCCUUCAACAGGGUCCACCCCUCACACAAAAAUACAAGGAAAGGUUGUCACACCAUAUCCCACCAAUGAUCCUGAUUACCUUACACCAACACUGGGCCUUAAGAAGAAUGCUGACUAUGUACAUUUGGCCGAUCUGAAGUUGCAAACAAUUGCCAGCCAGCCUCUGGUGCUGGCUCAUUGCCAAUGUGAUGUCACCCUGUUGAUUGAGGCCGGCUCGCCCAAGAAAGUGUUGGCUGGUGUUUCUUUUAACACCUUUUCAGCCCAAGAUCUUCAGGAGAUGCAAUGUGAUGCCUCGGGUGCCAAGGAUAUCCGAGCCCUUAAAAGAGGCUACCAGUUCCAGAGAUUUCACUGGGGCCAAAUGCAUCUCAUAGGCUCCCAAAAACAUUGUGGGGGCAGACCUGGAGAUACCUAUACUGGCUAUGCUGGCAUGGAGGUGACUGAUACUGAACACAUUAGGCUGCUCUUUUCUCAUGUGGCUGAUGUGGAAAGGAUGGUGGCUGCUAUUCCUCUAUUGCACCCUGAUGUCACCGGAGAGCUCUGGGAUUUAUCUGCUGAAGUCAAUUUAUUGGGGGGAUAG